UUUGUGUUAGAAUUAUACUUCAAGCAAGAAAAGUAUUGAGGAUACAUAAUUUACGCUACAUACAUGUUCUUAAAGUGCCAGUAAUUGGAUGGUUUACCCUACAACGGUUUAUUUCUGGUGAUUAAUUUCCUGUGGCUUGUGGCUUUGUUCCUCUCAACAUUGCCAGUGCAUUUGACAGCCAUCCUGUGAGUUAAUGACGAAACUUGAUGGGCACAUUUAUAUUACUGCUUAAUGAUGCAAUAAUGUAGUUUCAGAGGCAAAAGUGCGUAAAAAAUAUUUUCUCAUUAACGUGAUUUUAGCGAAAUUUAAUGUUUUGUGUGGCUUAUGACUAUAUCUCACGCAAAUUCUUAAACUAUUUUGCUCUUCAUAUUAUAGCUUGAAAUAAGUGGAAUAAAUGAAGAAUCACCCGAAAAACCAAAGCCUCCACAGAAAACGAAGGGAAAUAUUGAUCAGUGGAAGAAAAAUAAAGCGAAACAUCGACGAAAUAAUGGUCAGCAGUAUAAGUCUUUAAAAACCCACAAGACUGUUCACAGGCUGCUACUAUAGGAAGUCCCUGUACUUGUUUAAAUGAAUGCUUCACAAAACUGUUUGGAGAGGAAGAAAACAUUUUUCGUUCAUUUUGGGACAUAGGAAACUUUAAUGCCCAGAAUACUUACCUGAUGAGCUGUAUGAAAAUGGAACAAAAAAAGCGGACGUUUGUUCACUAUUUAAAUACAAAUGGUUUAAUAUUUUGUAUAUUUAUUUCAUUUUGUUAUAUUUGUCAUAAUUUCUUUCAAAGCUAUCCAAAAGACUUCCAAGAAAAUAUCAUCCAGGGAUGUUACAUUUUCUUAUAAUGUGAGGGUAUGCGGAAUAGAAGUCAUGAUCUGCAAGAAAGCUUUCCUAAGGGUUCAUGGCUUACAGAUACAUGCAUGAAGAGUGAGGAAUUUGCAACCUCAAAUGAAGCAGGGAUUUGCAGUGCCAAAAGAAGAUGGAAGAGGAAAACAUGGAAACUACCCACAUAAAUUUCAAGAUGAAGCUGUACAAAGUGUUAGAGAAUUUCUCAACACCAUACCGAAAUAUAACAGUCAUUACAGUAGGCAACAGAACCCCAAUAAAGUGUAUUUGGAUUGUGAUCUCACAAUUUCUUCCUGCUUAUUGAAGUACUUGGAGAUAACUAAUCCUCAGACAAAACAUCUCCACAUAAUCACAGACAACUGCAAGGGUCAGGCAAAGAAUUGGACUAUUAUUGCUUUGGAAAGGUCCCUUGUUGCUACCAAAAGAUUUGAUUCCGUCCAGCAUUACUUCCCUGAGGUAGAUCACACCAUGCUACCUUGCGAUCGUGAUUUUGGUCGCACUGAACGUUAUGCAAGAAACAGACGUCCAAUAGUGUACACUCCAGAUGAAUGGGCAGAAGUAAUAAAAUCUGCAAGUCCAAAACAUUUCAUUGUAACUAAAAUGGAAAGAGAAGACUUCAGAAGUUUGGAAAGCCUGAAGACAUUGAUCUCAAAACAUACAGAACCCACGUCUGGAGAUCCCCACCAUUUCAGUGAAGCUACUCAAUUUAAGUUUGAGUCUGAAGAUCCCUUCAAGCUAAGUGUAAAGCACUAUUAUCAGGCAUAGGAGCUUUCAUGUCAGUGGAUAUUCGUGUCAGAAAGGCUAGUUGAACCAAAUCCAUACCAGCUGCCAAUAAAGUACAGAAAGCUGCUACCAAUUAACCAGAAAAAAAUUGAUGAUGUACUGUCUCUUAUGCCAUACAGACCUACAGCAGAUUUCUUUUGGUCAUGUACUGGAAAUAAAUGUACUGGAAAUAACAUGUACAAUGAUGAGGUAGAGGAACUUCAUUGAUGUAACUGUAUCAAUGAAAAAGUAAUUUAUACAUCUCAUAUACCUGAUAUGUAUAUAUUAAUGUGUAAAAAUUAUAUA